AUGAAGGUCCUUCUAUCGAUUCUCGUGCUUUUCGGUUAGUUGACCCGAAUUUUAUAUAGAUUCAUAGAGAAAAACAAUAAAUUUAGCGGGCGAAAAAGUCCUCGGGCAGACCCAAUCGCCCGAUCCAACAUGUAAUUGCAAACUGGAGACCGUCUGGAAUGACGUCAUUUUUGCUUUUGAUCGAUCUUCCGCCACCACGGAUCAGGGCCUGCAGGAGGUUACCUUAUUUGGAUCAAUGGAUUAAAAAUUUAAAACAUGUAAAAAAAAACCAUAGAAUCAGAUGAUCUCAAAAUAGAGGAAAAUUCGAAAAAUUGAACUUAUUUUGUACCCUGGAAUUUUUUUUAAAAGCUCUCUCAACCGUCAGUUUGUAAAAAUUCGCAGUUUUCAAGAAAUAAGAUUCAAUAAGGGCCACUUGGAGAGGACACUAAAGUGGCCACUACAAGCACCUUUAAAGAAGCCACUUUUUUGCAUCUAAGUGGCCACUAAAGUAGCUUUUAGAAGUCUCGUAAAACCCCUAAGACUUCUAAAGAGGCCACUAGACUUCAGCCUCUUAAGUGGCCACUAAAAAGUCAAAUCCCUAAAGUGGCUACUAAUUUUUUUCAGAAUAUCAGAAAAAGCUUAAAAGAUUAAUAUACUUUUUUUUUGUUUUAAUUUAUACGAAAAAUGAACAUUAUUUUUUUCUACCUGUUAAUGAGUGCUAUUAUCUAUAUUAUUAUUAAACUUUUUGUGUCAGUAUGUUUUUUUCAAAGUUCAAAAAUAAUCCAUUUCAGCUUCUUUUCCACGUCCAAACCGACAUCGAGUGGUUCACACUAUGCAAAGGCGACGCCCAAGACGCUUCUUGUCAGGUAUCAAACUAUAAACUUUUCAUGAAAAUGAAAUCCUUUUGAUAAGUGCCGGGGAAUAAACAUUCAAACGCGGUUUUUGAUCUAACACAAUUUUGAUGCUAUUGUCCAAUUAAAAAUACCAAAAAAAGAACGGAAACUCAUUAAAAGUUUUGAAUUUUCGUUUUCCCCGCCAGGAGCCGCGACAAAACCGCAACGCAAGUUACCACAAUCCACUAAGGAUAUGGAUUAACGCGAUGUCGCUGGCGGUUUAUUGAAAAACCUGCUUUGUAGCCGCGCAGAGCUUGCAUUCUCCUUUUUGCGAUAUCGCAUUUUUCCUGGCGCGAUAUCGCGUGUUACCGGCGCGAUAUCGCAUUUUUCCUGGCGCGACAUCGCGUAUUCAAAAUUCGUUUCACUCGCGUGAGAACAAAGAUAAAUGCGAGUUCGACGUGGCGAUAAAGCAAUUCGCGAUAUCGCCAAUGUACCGCCAGCGAUAUCGCGUUUCUCUCGCACCAGAUUUGACAGUUAUCUAUAAUAACUACUGUGAAAUCCUGAUUUGUUUUUCUUCCAGAGCAAAAUGCGAGCCGGCAUCAUUCUCUACAAUUCCCAAGCGACGGUCCAGAAUCAACUCGGCUCCCUGGACAGCGACGAUUUCAUGGGAAUCACUUCAUUACCCUUUGACAGCGCCGACGCCGGAACUAAUUUAGAAGCGUUGGUUCAUUUUUAGAACACGAACAAGGGCAGAUUUUCAGGGCUAUUAAAACAGCAAAGGCGGAGUUUGAUCAGCGAGGUCGCGCCAACGCCAGGAAAGUCCUGGUCGUUCUGGCUACAACCUACAAGUCAGUGAGAAACAAAUUUCGAAGAAUCUUUUGAAAAAAAAACCUUUAGCUGCUAGAAAAUUAGUGUAGAAGAUAAGGUCUCGAAUUAUAUUUUUUUAAAACUCUGUACAAAAUGGCUCAGGAUUAUCCUCAAAGUUAUGAUUUCUGGUUGAAAUGCCUGAAAAAUUGUUUCAAUGGGCCCUUAAUCCCGCCUAAAGCUCCUUAACUUGAAAAAUAUCUAAUCUUUUCCAGCUUAACAACUGAUAAGUUAAGACUUUGAAGUUCAAUAGACAUUGUUAUCAGAAUUUGGUGACAUUCUCAAAUGGAUUUCUUAAGCCUAUUGCAUUUUGCGGUUUCAAGCCUUUUUGCAGCUCUUUUUUUAAAAAUUUCCUGGUUAUUUCAGAAGCUAAAAUCUACUGUCCUGACUAUCAUUUAGAAGAAUUUGAACUUGGUUCAAAGAGCCAUUUUUUAAAGGCUAUUCUGUCGGAAGAUUUUUAGAACCCCUCUCCUUCCCAUUUUAAGGCUAUAAUUAUCCCAACUUGAUUUUUCCAGACCCCUUCUACCAUUUUUACCACGUUUCAACCAAAAAUAACCAUUUCCAGGCCAGGAGACUAUGAAGAUCCCACGCAGAUGGCCAACACCUUCAAGGAAGACGGCGGAAUCCUGGUCGUCUACAGUAAGAACAAAAUUCCAAAAUCAAAUCAUACCGACAAGAUAACCCAGACUACGUGGAGCAGCACGGAGCACCAGCCGCCGGGCUCAAAUUGAUCGCCUCGAAUGGAUAUUUCUGCAAUUCGACAGAGGACACCAGCGGGGAUUGCCUUCGACAGGCUCAGUGUGAUGGUGCGUGUCGGAAAUGAUAACCCACAAGGGAGGUCAUUUCACUUUGCGGUUGGGAAUUUCUUGAACAAAAGAACACUCCUUGACGUACCAGAAGAAGUAUCUGAAAGUCUCGACCUGCACAACUCUCUAGUUUUCGGGUGCUAUAGUCUGUUCAGAUUUUGCAUGUCAAGCCGUCGCUCAAGCUCCGCCCAUAAUGGUGCGAUAAACCAAUCAGAGAGCGAGUUAUCCCCAUAGUGAUUUUGAAUGACGUCAUUGCACUUGACAUUAAAAAUCUGAACAGACUAUACGACAAGAGUGAGUUUUCCAUUUGCGAAGAGUACUGUAUGCGAAAAUGCGCAUUGUGUGCAUACACUUUGUGUGUUUACACUUUCGUUGGCUGGACAUCUCCGGGUUUUUUGUUUCCGAGCUUUUUUUUUCGAAUUUUUUUCAACUUUUUUUUGCUUUUUUCAAGAUUUGCAUUUUUCUCGAUAAUAUUUGCGCGAUGAAAAACAAUAUCAAAUAAAAACAAUUGAAAAAAAAAAUCGAAAAAAAACCCGGAGAUGAUCGACCCGGUGACGUCACGCAACGAAAGUGUAAAAAGGCAAAGUGUAUGCACGCAAUGCCCAUAUCCGCAUACAGUACCCCCUCCGAAAAUGGAAAACUCGCUCUUGUCGUAGCACCCGUUUCCGAUAUAUAAGGGCUCGAAGCCCAAAAUUGACCAAUUUCAAGAAAUUUUGAGGGGUUUCUUGGACUUUGAACUGUCCUUUCUGGAAAACAAGAAACCUGGGAAAUUCAGUAUUUUUUCUGGUACAUCAAAGAGCUCUCUAGCCAAUUUUCAAGAAAUUCCCAACUUAAAGGUAAAAUGACCUACCUGGUCAGAAAUCCCCCAAAACCUAUAAAUCCAAUUUUUCUUGAAUAAAACAGUUAAAAUCAACGAUGAAUGUUUUCGCAACGAAAAAAUUAUCAAUAACUCUUCUAAAAAGCUUUUAUUUAUAUCCUUGAACCUCUAAGAUCCCUUAAAACCCUUUUGAAUACCAGAAAUCUAUUGAUUUUACUGAUAAUCAACUUUUUUAGAAAUUUAUUAGCCUUGAAAAUCACAUGACUUGAAUCCAGUGAAAAGCUUUUUGCUGAAAAGUGGAGUCAAAACUAAAAAAAAAUCAAAGAAAAUUCAAAAAUUCAGAAAAGUUCAUACUUGCUUAUAAAUAGAAGAGUUAUUCCUUGGAAAGAUUUUUUGAUUUACAAACUGAAAUUUUUGGUUUUUUUCCUAGAGAUCAAGAGCUAAAGUCAAAAAAAGUUUGAAAAAUAGCUAAAAUGGGACCUUUUUUGUCUUGGGAAAUCGAUUAGCCAAUCAGAUCAAGCAAGCUUCUAGAAAUACCGUUACAUCUUCUUACUACAACCUAGUGAAAAUGGCACAUUUCAGCAAAUUGCUUCUGUCCGCCCAACUACAAUCCCUACGACAGUGUCGGCACUCGACUUCUUCCGAUGGGAGGUCUGAAAAAAAUAUAAGUCGAGAUAGCUGAAGCGUCCCCCCUUCCCAUUGCAACCUCCUUAAUAUUCUGGGAAAAAUUUUAGUUGUCAUUCUUGAGCCUCUAGACUAGAGGUUUUCCCAAGACACCUUAAGUGGCCACUAAUUCGACUACUAUAGUGGUCACUAAAAGGUUUCCCAUCAAAUUUACACAUGAUUUCAGCAAAUGACACAUUUUGGAUAUCUGACGCUUUUCCUAAGACUGAAACAAAAAAGUUCGAAAACACGGCGUUUUUUUUUGGCGACAGCCCGCCCAUAUUUUUUCCGUAAAGUACAGUGUGUCGUGUGCAUACACUGCGGCGCUCUGGCACGCGUUAUUUUUGCGAAUCGAAAAGGUUGUUGGGCUGGCCCUCGCACGAGCUUGGUGACAGACCAGAGAUGAAAAAUACUUUUCGGAUACGAUCCUUGAACUAUAUAUUGAAAGAAAAGUUCUAAGCAUCCUACCAAAAAUUCCUAAGUUUUCUCCAAAAAGAAUAUCCAUCAAGGCUGCUACUACACGAUUCCCUUGAGCGCCGCUCAAAAACUCGCCUCCAACAGAUGCAAAAGUUUCAACAGUGGAACCUUACCGUAUGUCGAGUCCGCCGACAAAUUCAAAUAUCUGAUCGAUCGUAAUAUUUUUCCCCAACUUCUUGUUUUUCAAUUCAAAGUUACAGAAUUCCCGAGUGGAGCAAAUUUCUGGAUCGGCUUGACCUACAAUACUUCGACGACCAAAUGGCAAUGGCCUGAUAAUUCGGCUGUGGGUUUUUUUUGCCAUAUAAGAAAAUCAUUACUUUUUUCAUAUUUUCAUAGAUUCAUAGAUAAGUCGGAUCCCUUAAAGGAUUCCUUUAGAUCUAAAAAUUGAGAAAAUACAUUGAAAAAAUUUCCUGUAUCACUUGACUUUAGGAGGAAGAUUUACGAAAAACUCUUUUAAUGGUAGAUUUAAAACAAAAAAAUUUAAAGACUUGUGGGAUAGUUUUGAAGAAAAACAUCUCAGGAACGCCAGAGAGGUCCCUAUAGGGGUUAAGGGAAAAAGCGCUUUCAGGUGGACUAAAAAGUGCCCUCUGUAGGGCUGAAUGAAGGUGGUAUACAGGGGUUUAGGGUCUGACUCCAGAACGCCUAAAGCUUUGAUGGGGACAAGGUACAAUAAAAUUUAGGUGAUCCCUAAAGGGGUAUAGGUUCUAACUUGUAAGUCCCUAAAGCUCAAGUGGUCCCUAUAGGGUAAAGAAUAAUGCUACCUAGACGGCUGAAACUCAGGUGGUCCCUAUAGGGGCAUAGGUUUUGACUUGUAAGACCCUAAGGUCUUCAACUACUAUUUCCCCUAUAGGGGCCACUUUUGCAAGCUUUAGUGGCUCCUAUAUGUAGAGACCGCAGAGCCACGCCCCUUUUUGCGAUGGUGAAAUGCACUGGUUUUUUAGAUUUUGUGUUUGAUGUUUUCGUGAAAGCACAAUACUGAACCAAACACAGAGAAAAUCAGUGGAAACAUAGAGAAAACCUUCCUCUUCAAUCUGAUAUACUUUUCACCCGAUUUUCGAAGCGUUUUAGCGGAGUGUCGUACGAAAAACCAAAGCUACUUUUUUUCUUCGGGUUUUUAACCUAGUUCCAUGUCGUUGGCGCCUUUUUUUAUUUUCGAAUUCGAUUUUUAAGUGAAAAACACAUCUUUUAAGAUAAAAAAAUUAAAUUUUUUACGGUGCCUAAUCUUUGUGAGGCCGCGCAAAGUUGAAAAUGUUUUACUCGGUUUCGAGAGCGUGUAAGUAAAAAAAUUUUAUUUUAACUUGUGCAUUAAAUUGUAACUAAAAACUUUAUUAGUAUAAAAACUUAUUCCGAAAAGUUUGUUUUCUGAGAAAAAAAGACAGUGAAAAUUUCGAAAUUCAUUUUUAGCAUGGUCAGAUGUCGUUGGCGCCUUUUUUUAUUUCUUAAAUAUUAGCGUAUCUCAAUUUUCAAUCAAUUAAAAAAAUAAAAUAAAAAUUUUAGCGGUGCCUAAAAGUUUAAUUAUUGUUAAUUUGGAGCCAACGUUAAAAAUAACAAAAAACGCCGAAAAGGGAGGUAUUUUGAACUGAAUCUUUAUGAAUAAAUUAUUUUUAAGUGGUCCGAACACACGUGACUAAUAAUUGUUCAACUAUCAUAACUUUUUUUUGAACAAGAUUGUCGGUAAAUGCUGUACUUUGAGGUGAAGUGGUGUAUAGCGCGAACGCUUUCCAUCUCUGAGAGGUGGACGUGGAGCAGCGCAAGUGCGCUUGCAUACAGUUUCGAUAUCGCGAGUUCGAUCCUCACAGCGGCCAUUUUUUUAAUUUUUUUAAUGAAAAAAAUAGUUUUUCUCUUCAAACUUGUGGUUUUAUACUGUUUUAAUGACUUAUUAUGACUUUGAAAAACCGGAAUAAACUACUAAAAAAAUUUAAAUCCGAUAUGAAAACAAAAUGAACGACCAAAAGUGUAAAAUCUAAACUUUCAGUACUAAAUUUCGCAACAUUUUUCACUUCUUUUUUGACCAUAACUUUUUUUGUUUUCAACCUUUUUUUAAAAACUGAACUGUUUUGAAUAGUAAAUUGGAGCAGCUAUUCAACCAUAGUAAUAUUGACGCUCGAACAUUUUUUUGAAAAUUUGGUUGCGGUCCCUACCUAUAUGGAAGGUAAAGUGGUCACUAGAGGGCGUCCUUCAAGGACUUCUAAGCUUACCCCUACAGGGACCACUCUGAGGCUUAUAAGCUAUUAUUAACGCAGUCGAAGUAAAUUCCGUCUCAAAUUGGAUCUAAGGGCAAAAAGUUCAAAUUGAGGAAAAUUAUUUUGACCUAAAAAUAUUUUGUGUAGACUUUUGUUCUUUGUGUGUCAUAAUUCAAGAAUCUUGAUGCUUUUUCUAAAAAAAAACCCCCCAAAAAAGGCUCAUUUUUUCCUUCUGCAGUUGGCCACUGACGGCUACGCUCCCUGGGCGAAGAACGAGCCAUCGAACCCGGCCUCAAAAGGUUGCGCCUACUCUCCGAUCACGACCUCCUCGACUUCCGGGACCUGGGCGACGGCCGACUGUCGCCAGGGCUAUUCCUACGUUUGCGAGUCUUCCCCGUGCGACUCGACCAAAUACUGUACCAUCUAAUGAAUCUACUGUAUUUUCUCCUCCUGUAUUUAUGUUUUUUUUGAAGAGAUAAUAAAAGAGAUUCUUGUUGUUGUACGUUUGGUAUAAACAGGAUGAACCUUCAAAUAUUUUGAAAAGAUCGGAAAAAAGAAACUUGGCUCAGACUUCCUAACUCUCCGAUUCAAAUAGAAAAAUGAAUUUUCACAAAGUUAUGUUUGAAAGACGUAAAAAAUCCCCUAUAUUUUUCUCUAUUUUUUCAAAUUUUGAUACCUCAGAAUUCGAAUAAAAAAUCAAAUUUUCAAAAAAUUCAACUUGGAUCGUCCUCAGGGUUUGAAGUACGUCCCAGCUGAUUUUCCCUAGAUUCUCAAGAGUUCAUUUUUUUCACCUUUUCAAUAGGUAAAUAAUUCUAAAUAAUCUUCCAAUCAUUCCAGGAUGACCAAAAAAAUACCAAUUUUUCUAUUUCUACUCUUCAACUUCUCCUCGGCCGGUCAAAUCGGCAAGUGUCAGUGCGAUCCACAUUCCGUUUGGGCAGACGUCAUGUUUCUUUUCGAAACGACUUCCACCAUGACUUAUCCCGUUGUUCAGCAGGUUAUAUUUCAAAAAUUACUGAGUUUCAAUGAAUACUACAGGGUUUUGACGUUGUAGUGGUCACUCUAGUAGUCGAAUCGCUGGUCUCUUAAGAGGCUAAAAUUUGAAAGCCUUUUUAGAAGUCAAUCUAAAAAUCCGACGAGACCACAAAAACCACUAUAGUGACCCCAUAGCCGCAAAAUAAUCGAUUCUCUAGAAGUGGUUUUAGUGGCCACUUUAGUGUCCUCUCCAAGUAGUCCUGGAGGGACCUCUCAAGCGGCCACUGAUUUUUUUCACAGAGACUCUGGAACAGUUAUCAAAAAUAUAAGAACGAUAAAAAAACUGAAUUUUCUAUUUAAAAUUAGUUUCAUAGGACUUAAAAGGCUCUUCUAUCUAAGAAAUUAAAAACCGUCUAGGAAAACUAGAGGGACCAUUUUAGAAGAGACCAUUACAAUUUCAAAACCCUGAAGUGACCAAUACAACUUGCAAACCCUAGAGUUGCCACUACGAAUUGGAAACCCUAUAGAGACCACUACAGCGUCCAAACCUUAGAGCGGCCACUACAACGGUUAAAACCUAAAGUGUCCACUACAAGUUCCAAACCCUUAAGUGGCCACUACAAAUCGCAAACCCUACAGUGGUCUCUGCAUCAUGCAAGCCCUAUAGAGGUCACUACAAUGGUUAAGGCCUAAAGCGGCCACUACAACUUGCAAACCCUGAAGUGGUCACUAAGACCUGUAAACCCUAAAGUGGUCACUAUAACGUCCACACCCCAGAGUGGCCACUACAACGUCCAAACCCUAAAGAGGCCACUCCAACUUGCAUGUCAUGAAGUGGUCACUACAACGUUCAAACCCUAAAGAGGCCACCAUAACAUCCAAACCCCAAAGAGGUCACUACAACGUUCAAAACCUAAAUUGGCCACUACAACGUGUAAGCCCUAGAACGUCCAAACCCUAAAGUGGCCACUAAAUGUCCAAAACCUAGAUUGGAGUUGUAGUCGUCACUGCAAACUCUAAAGUGGCCACUGAAAACUGCAAACCCUAAAGUGCCCACUAGAACUUGCAAACCCUGAAGUGGCCACCAAAGACUUGCGCGAUCAUUUUACUUUCUGAAAAACCAAAUUUUUAAAAAGUCAAUUUUGAUUUUGGACAUAAUUACACUGGAAAACAUGUCGGUAAAUUCAAAAAUGACAGAAAAUUGCAAAUUACUUCUUUUCGAAACUGUUUUAUUGAUAAAUAAAAAAAAAAUCAGUUAUUCGCCCUGGUGCAAAGCGACAUGGACGAAUUUCACAUCGUGGCCGAGGGAGACCCUGCAUUCGACCCUCCCAACAAAACUGUCGAGGUUAUCAAGAGUAGUUCUUUUUCUACUUCUGAUUCUUUAUUUCAGAACACGACUCGGAUCGGAAUAAUCUCCUACAACACCAAUGCGACGCUACUUUAUCCAUUGGCUUCACUGAAUAACCAAAAACUUUCCGAUAUUCAGAGUUUCCCAUACUUUGCUGGAGAUUCCGCCGAGGCUAGCUUGGAGAGGUGGAUGAAGAGUUUCUAAAUAUAGUCGCUUCAAGGCUGGCUUGGGAUUUCGGAGCUCCAGAGUGGUCCCUAUAGAGUGGGGCAUUCAAGGUUCCCCUCUAGUGACCUUAGGGGUGCUUGAAGGUGUUAGGAGUUUGAAAUAAGGCGAUGUAGUGAGAUAUCUUUGAUUGGAGCCUUGAGGGACCACUUGAGCUUUAGGUCUCUCUGAAAAAAAAAUUGGUGGCCACUUUAGGGACGUUUCAGUGACCACUUUAGCAGUUGAAAUAGUGGCCACUUGAGGGACUCCCGUCAGAGCUGCCUAUAGGGGCCACUGUCUCCUAAACCCUAUAGAGGCCACUGUCUCCUAAACCCUAUAGGGGCCACUCUCUCCUAAAACCUAUAGGGGCCACUCUCUCCUAACCCCUAUAGGGGCCAUUCUGGCGUUCCUAGACGUGCCACUGUGUCUCUCACUGGUUUUUAAACCGUGCCCAUUUUUCAAUGGAUCAUUCGGCUAUAGUUCUAAACUCAAAAGUUUCAGCGCAAUGGACUUGGCUUUCGAUGAACUAUUCGACGAGAAGAAAGGUCGGCCGCACGUUCGCAAAGUUUUGGUCAUUUUCGCGACGAGUUACAGGUGAGAAAACCUUCUUCUUCUUUUUCUGAUUUCUUGGUCAGAUAGCCCGUUUUUUCGUGCCUUGAAACCGCUAUUUCUCUCUGCGCCCUCCUCGUCUCUCGACGACUCUCUCAUAUUGCCGUCCUCUUUUCAUUUCUCUCUGACCUCGUCGGUGAGGGAACAGAGAGACGCAGAUACUAUAAAGCUUCCAUGUUGCGAUGGACGGACUAUAGUCUGCUCAGAUUUCGGACGUCUGGUAAAAUGACGUCAUUCGGAAAACGCUCGGUGGCUGGCUCGCUCUCCGAUUGGUUCUUCGCGCCAUUAGGGGCGGAGCUUGAGCGACGACUUGUGAUUCAAAGUCUGAACAGAUUAGAUUCGUAAAAUCAACCAAUAGUUCAAUUUGCUGACAUUAUCGUCUUUUUUUGUACCGCGUUGUCGCCGCACCGGACUCGCAUUUUUCUAGACACGACCUUGCAUCAUGGAAAAUUUUUAGAAGAGCGAGAAAAAUGCGAUACCUGCGCGGUGCAUUCGCGAUGUCGUCAAUAUACCUCUAGCGACAUCGCGUUUCUCUCGCGUCAAACUCGCCAGUUAUCUUUAAUAUGGGCUUUUUUUGAUUGAAAGAAUUUUUCUCUACGCGACCUUGCAUUGUGGAACUUCAAACUUCUUCAAAUGAGGAAAGCGAGAAAAAUGCGAUUCCUGUGCGAUGACUUUGCGAUGUCGUCAAUGUACCGCUAGAGAUAUCGCGUUUCUCUCGCGUCAAACUCGGCAGUUUUCUUUAACAAGGGCUUUUUUUUUGAUUGAAAGAUUUCAGGACAAUGAUGGGAGAAGAUCCAAAGCAAUUAGCAAGCUCGUUCAAACUCGACGGAGGGAUCGUAAUCGUUUACGGUAUAAAUAUCUGAAUUUUCUCAAUUUUUCGUCUCAGAUUUCGUCCGAAACAUCGUGUCGCAAGACCUCAAGGCCAUCGCCUCGAAAGGCUUCUUUAAUACUUCUCAAGAUAGCGACGAAGAUUGGCCAGAUUUCCUACAGCAAGCGUUGUGUGACGGUAAUAGGACCGUAUUUCUAGGACGUUUCGGAAAAUUCGAGUCAAAACCCAAAAAAAUCUAACUUUUCUUUUACAUCAUCCACACAGUACCCCAGACCUUUCAUUUAUAAUUCGAAUAAUUAAUUAAAUUUUGCAAAAAAUGAACUUGUUUCCAAUAAAAACAUCUUCAAAAUUUUCGCUUCACUGUGAAAAACCUAGUGGCCCCUUAAGAGGCUGAUCAAGUCCCUCGACACUAAAGUGGCCACUAAAAACACCUCUAUAGAAGCCACUAAAUCAGGCCUCAGUGACCCCUACAGUAGUUUUUAGGAAUACUGUAGUACCAAAACCCUAAACUGGCCACUCAGAAUUUCCCCAGUAAUGUCACGAUGUUUUUGUCCGAUAAGCCUUAUUUUUGGAGGCGCGAAAAUCUCCCGUGGCCAAAAAACACUGAAGAACGGUUUUCCACUCGAAACCCUUUACCGAAUUUCUCCAUGCUCCUUUAAACUUUCAAAAAAAGUAUUUGCAGCCAACUGCAUCUGCCCCCCGAACUACGCCUCAUUCGAGACAAAUGAUUGGCGUCCAGUUCCAGGUGACGGUAAUUUACAUUAAUCCCCUGCGAAAGCUUCAAAUUAAAUCAACGAAAACAGAGUGUUUUUACGCGUCCUACAUCACCGCCAAUUACAAGCUUUCGGCCCGAAAAUGCUCCGAAUUUCAUUCCGGAAUCCUUCCCGUCAUCGAUAGCCAGGCGAAGAGCGAUUUCCUGGCUUCAGGUGGGUGUUUUGCGGGUUUCUAUUUCUUGCCCUUGCUCGUUACUACUUUACUUUAAACUACUUACAUUACAUUUAAUUUAAUUAAAGUUAACAGCUCUUUUAAUCACGACUUGUAUACCAAAUAUGACUUCUCUGUGCACUCUUUUCUCUCGUCAACUCUACCUUUCUCGUCCUAUUUCCUAUGUCCUCAAAGGUGAGGGAAAAGAGAGCGCAGACAGGUUAGAAAGUUUCAGUCGUGACGAAUGAAGCUUACCUAGCUUGUAAAAACUCGCAAAGUCUGACUUCUCUGCGCCCUCUUUUCUCUCUCCAACUCCUUCCUUUUACGUGUCAUUUCCUAUGACCUGAUAGGUGAGAGAAAAGAGAGCGCAGGCAGGUCAGACAUUUUCAGUCGUACCGAAUGAAGCUUAUCUAGCUUGUAAAAACUCGGAAAGUCUAACUUCUCUGCGCUCUCUCCUCUCUCCUGUGCUUUUCAUUUUUCUAUGAUAUCACAGGCGAGAGAAAAGAGAGCGCAGACUGGUCAGAAUGUAUCCAGUUUGGACGAAUGGAGCAUACUGAAUUUGGCAAAAUUUAAAAAAAAGUCUGAUUCCUCUGCGCUCUCUCCUCUCUGCUGUGCUAUUUCCAUUUUUCUAUGACCUCAAAGGUGAGAGAGAAGAGAGCGCAGACAGCUCAGAAUUAAUCUUAUCGGGACGAAUGCAUCAUACUCAACUUGGCAAAUCUCAAAAACUCUGAUUUCUCUGCGCUCUCUCCUCUCUCCUGUGCUAUUUUCAUUUGUCUAUGACCUCACAGAUGAGAGAAAAGAGAGCGCAGACAGGCAGACUGUUUCAAUCUUGGCGAAUGGAGCUUACUAGCCAAAUUUCAAGUCUGACUUCUCUGCUCUCUCACUUCUAUCGUCGACUCUUUCUAUUUCACACGCUAUUUUCUACGAACGAGAGAGGAGAGAGGGAAGAGAGCGCAGACAGGUCAGACUGUGAACAGUCGUGUCGUCUAUACUCGAAAAGUCUGACUUCUCUGCGCUCUCUUCUCUUUCAAGUGCUAUUUUGUUUCUAUUACCUAACCGGUUAGGGAAAAGAGAGCACAGACAGGUCAGACAGUGUAAAGUCGUAGUGAAUGAAUUUAAAAAGAUCCUCCAUUUUUAACAAGGCUAACUUUGGACGUUAAGGGGCGUGGUCUGUCUGCGCUCUCCUCCAGCUAGGCACUAUCUCUUUUAUUCUCGUGUCAGGACCCUUUUUUCGAUGGCUCAAGCCAGCCGUGAAUCAGCUAUAACCAAAAAGUUGAAAACAAGUUAAUUUUAUCAGUAGAGCGAAUAUUCCCUGCAUAUUCCUUCCCACCUUUUUGACGUCCUUUCCAGGAAAUAAUCACAAAAAUCUCUUUCACUGUAUUUUCAAGCUUUUUUCGCAGCUUUUAAGAAGAAAAAUCAGUUCAGAAACCUCCAAUAGGCCUUUCUGGACCGGCCUAACUUACGACAACACGACCAACCUCUUCUACUGGUCCGAUGGAACAAAUGUGAGCCUAUCCAAAAAACAUAUGUUCAGUAUUUUUUGCAGGUAACCGAAAGUCAACUAAAAGCCAAAUUCGCCCCAUGGGACGGCAAUGGCGAACCCGAUAUUUCGUCGGGAAAUCGAUGUGUUGCUCAAUUGUCGAACGGAAAAUGGAGCUUGGAGAAUUGUCUGGAGGUUGGUCUAGAGGAAAUGGAGAAACUGGCCUUAUAGGGUACAAAUAAGUGCUUCCUAUAGGGCUAAAACUUAGGUGAUCCCUAAAGGGGUGUAGGUUCUGAUUUGUAAGCUUCAAAGGCACAAGUGAUCCCUAUAGGGUCCAAAUUAGUGUUUCCUAUAGGACUAAAACUCAGAUGAUCCCUAGAGGGAUAAUUAUUAUCAUUAUUAUUAAUAUGGGUGGACUUCUAAGCCCCUAAGGCUAAAGUGAUCCCUAUAGGGUACAAAAUAGUGCUCUUCAUAAGGCUAACAUUCAGGUGAUCUCUGAAUUGGUAUAGGUUUUGAAUUGUAAGCCCCUGAAGGCUUAAGUGGGCCCUAUAGGGGGAGGAAAAGUGGUCCCAAGAGGCGAACCUUCGAAAUCCCCUGAGACUGCCCCUAUAGGGACCAUUCUAACGUUGCUAAAUUGACCAUGGCAAGGAAACCAAAGUUUUUUUACUUGCUAGGGCACACUUUUGCGGUUUUGGAAACUCUCAAGGCCUUCCGUUAGAGAAAACGACUCCAAUUUUACUAGACAACUGAAAAAAAAGAAAGCAAAAACAAAAUUGCAGGGUUCCGCUGCCAUUUGUGAAGUUCCACCAUGCGACUCCGUCAACUACUGUCCAUUGUAA